CACUCACACACACACUGCCACACGCCUUGCCUUCGUUCCUCUCGCGAGUCCAGCCGCUUCUUCGUCUUCCGCCAUGGCCGCCGCGGCGCUGUACAAGGACGCGGCGGCACCGGUGGAGGCGCGGGUGCGGGACCUGCUGGGCCGCAUGACGCUGCGGGAGAAGGCGGCGCAGAUGGCCCAGAUCGAGCGCACCGUCGCGUCGCCGCGCGCCCUCGCGGAGCUCGGCGUCGGCAGCGUCCUCAACGGGGGCGGGAGCGCCCCCCUCCCCCGCGCCUCCGCCGCUGAAUGGGCCCGCAUGGUCGACGACAUGCAGCGCCACGCCCUCUCCUCCCGCCUCGCCGUCCCCAUCCUCUACGGCACCGACGCCGUCCACGGCCACAACAACGUCUACGGCGCGACCAUCUUCCCCCACAACGUCGGCCUCGGCGCAAGCAGGGACGCGGAGCUCGCGCGUAAGAUCGGUGAGGCGACGGCGCUCGAGAUCCGCGCUACCGGCAUCCACUGGACCUUCGCACCCUGCGUCGCCGUUUGUGGGGAUCCGAGGUGGGGGAGAUGCUACGAGUGCUACAGCGAGGACCCAGAGGUCGUGCGCUCGUUGACCACCAUUGUCGCCGGCCUGCAGGGGCAGCCACCGGCUGAUCACCCUCAUUGCUACCCGUUUCUCUCAUCCCUUAGGUACUUAAGCAGUGAGAUUCAAUGCGCUUUUUGUAUACCCACAACCUGUUUGUGUAAAUGCGUCUAUGCGGUUUGCAGGGAGAAUGUGCUUGCUUGUGCCAAGCAUUUCGUAGGGGAUGGUGGCACGGACAAGGGGGUCAAUGAAGGAAACACCAUUUGCUCACCUGAAGAUUUGGAAGGGAUCCAUAUGAGACCUUACCUUGAUUGUAUAGCUCAAGGUGUGGCAACGGUUAUGGCAUCCUACUCUCAAUGGAAUGGGGAACCAUUGCAUGCAAGCUGCUAUUUGCUGACAGAUGUUUUAAAGGGAAAGUUAGGCUUCAAGGGUUUUGUGGUGUCAGAUUGGGAGGGUAUUGACAGGCUCUGUGAGCCCAGAGGAUCUGAUUAUCGCUACUGCAUUGCACAGUCCAUUAAUGCAGGAAUGGAUAUGAUUAUGGUACCUUUCAGAUUUGAGAAGUUUUUGGAAGAUCUUGUUUUCUUGGUGGAGGCAGGGGAGAUACCAAUGCCACGGAUUGAUGAUGCGGUUGAGCGGAUUUUGAGGGUUAAGUUCAUAUCCGGAGUUUUCGAGCAUCCAUUAUCAGAUCCAUCCCUACUAGACGUAAUUGGUUGUAAGGAGCAUCGUUUGUUGGCACGUGAGGCUGUUCGGAAGUCUUUGGUACUUUUAAAAAAUGGCAAGAAUCAGAAGGAACCAUUCCUUCCAUUGGCCAAAAACGCAAAAAGAAUACUUGUAGCAGGAACACAUGCUGACAAUAUUGGAUAUCAAUGUGGUGGGUGGACAAUAACUUGGCAUGGAGACAGUGGAAGAAUCACUGAUGGUACAACCAUAUUGGAGGCUAUAAAGGAAUCUGCGGGAGCGGAUACUGAAGUUGUGUAUGAGGAAUGCCCAACAGAAGCCACAGUUGAAACUGGGGAGUUUUCCUAUGCAAUUGUUGUGGUUGGUGAGGUCCCAUACGCCGAAUGGUUGGGAGAUAGAACGGACCUUAGCAUUCCAUUUAACGGUUCUGACCUUAUUUCUUGUAUUGCUACUAAAAUUCCUACCUUAGUCGUGGUUAUAUCUGGAAGACCCUUGGUUAUUGAACCCCAUGUUCUGGACAAGAUAUAUGCUCUUGUUGCUGCCUGGCUACCUGGAACUGAGGGUAUGGGAGUUACCGAUUGCCUCUUUGGGGAUCAUGAUUUUUUGGGUACAUUGCCUGUGACUUGGUUUAGGUCCACUGAUCAAUUGCCUAUGAGUGCUAGAGAUGCUAGCUAUAAUCCAUUAUUCCCUUUUGGUUAUGGGUUGAAAAUGUUCCAAUGUGAUUAAGUUUUAGCAGAAGAUACUGUUUGGUUUGGUUAUACAUUUGAAUCAUUAUAAGAAUUUUACAUAUGCUGUACCAGUUGACUAUUUGAAUAAUGUAAAAGAGAAAUAAUGCCAUGUUGCAGUA